GCCACAUUUGAGUGACUUGCUUUCCAAUUCUAUUAGCUUCUUUCUCCUCCUGUUCGAUGGCUUUGAAAGCUAUGCUCUUUUUGCUCACCACUUUUCUUGUAGUUAGCACAGGAGUUUCAUUCAAUGAUGAGGAACUCACGACAAAGGUUGUAGAUAUAAAAGUCCCAGUAGCAGCACAAGCUCCUCCAGCAGAGGCACCAGAUCAUGCACCACCUGUGAAAGCACCGGCUUAUGCGCCCCCAGCAAAGGCACCGGCUAAUGCACCGCCUGUGAUGCCACCGGCUAAUGCUCCUCCAGCAAAGGCACCCACUUAUGCCCCUCCACCAAAGGCAACCGCCCCCGUGCCCCCACUUCAGCCACCUGCUCCUGCUCCAGUACUGCCUCCGGCAGUGAGGUCUAAAAAGGAUUGCAUCCCCCUGUGUGAUCAGAGAUGCCAACUACAUUCAAGGAAGAGGAUUUGCAUGAGAGCAUGCAUGACAUGCUGUGACCGCUGCAAGUGUGUUCCACCAGGAACAUUUGGAAACAGGGAAAAAUGUGGCAAGUGCUACACAGAUAUGACCACUCAUGGCAACAGAUACAAGUGCCCUUGAAAUGGCUGGCCUAGCUGUAUAUUACUUUUGAUGGUUAUUUUAAUUCACUUGAUCAGUAGGUAUUAGUAAGUGUGAGAAAAGGGUUGAAAAUAAAUGGUUUUCCAGUGUCCUUUCUUGUUUCUACUGCUUCUUUGAAGCAAUUAAUUUGGCAUUUGUGUUAAUGUAAGUACUUGGUACUCUGUGA